AAACGUCUCUUCUCGCUGGUAAAAGGUGACUUGAAGCGGUGAGCUAACGCCACCGAACUUUUCCGGGACGCAUGCGCAUGAGCGCGCAGUUUUAUUCGAUGGAACUUCACUGACAAUGUUAGUUGGUCUUAUCGACCUGAACUUCUCGCGCAUGCGCAAUCCCCAGCGGCGUGACAGAGACACGAUGGCUGCAGAAAGUCCUUUGCUGCUGUCUCUGGUGGAGGAAUUUGUCUCAGGACUUCAGGACAGCAAGGCGAAGGACGCUGCGGCAGGUGUCAAAGAUGGACAUUUUACCGUCCUGCAGCUGGUGGAGGCACUUGGACAGAGCCUGACCAGCUCCCAGCCUCACACUCGGGCCCGAGGGGUCCAGCUGCUCUCGGAGGUCCUCCAGGACAACUACGGGGCGCUAACAGAGACAGAAGUCGAACUGCUCCAGGCCUUCUACGAAAACCGCCUGAAGGACCACUACGUCAUCACGCCGCCGGUGUUACGAGGGCUGCUGGCGCUGACUAAAUCCAGGAAGCUGCCUCCUGGUUCGGCUGUGUCGAUGCUGAGGACCGUGUUUCAGGAUGUUCACGUACAGUCCCUGAUGCUUGCAGAGAGAGCGUGUGUCUACAACAUGCUCAUCAACCUCAUGGAAAGCAGGGAAGACGAACUGAAGGGUUUGGGUGCAGAUUUUGUUUUUGGUUUCGUCCAAUCGAUGGACGGCGAGAGGGAUCCCCGCAACCUUCUGUUGGCCUUCCAGAUCGCCAGAAACAUCGUUCUGCGGGGAUACAGCAUUGACAAAUUCAGCGAGGAGCUGUUCGAAGUGACGUCCUGCUACUUCCCCAUAGAUUUCUCCCCGCCACCCAAUGACCCCCACGGCAUCACCAAAGAGGAACUGAUCCAGGCGCUGAGGGCCGUCCUCACCGGAACCCCCAAGUUUGCAGAGUUCCUGUUGCCGCUCAUCAUCGAGAAGCUGGACUCAGACGUCCAGAGCGCCAAGCUGGACUCGCUGCAGACCCUGGCUGCCAGCGUGGGACAGUAUGAGCACAGAGACUUGGCUGAUUUCCUGGAGGGACUGUGGAGCUCGCUGCGCAGAGAGGUGUUUCAGACAUCCAGCGAGAAAAUUGAGGCGGCUGCCCUCGCCGCCGUCACCGCACUCGCUUCCUGUCUGUCUCGCUCUGUUCUCAACUCUGACUCUGAAGACUCCCUCAGCUCCUUCCUGGGUCUGGUGCUCAGAGAUUGUAAGCAGCACCUGUUUGAGCCUGACUUGAAGCUAGUGUGGCCCAGCGCUAAGCUACUCCAGGCAGCCUGCAGCGCCUCCUUCAGGGCAGCCCACAGCAUUACAAGUGCUGUCAUGCCCCCUCUGGUGGAGCAGUAUAACAGCAGAACGCAGUGUUCCCACAGGCGGACGCUGCUGGAGGUGGCACAACGAUUCAUCCAGUCAACUGCUUCAUGUCAGUCUGUAGAUCACGAUGAGAGCCUGUUUUCUGCGUAUAAGGACUCCCUGUGCAGCUUGGUGUUCUCAGCUCUAUCUGAAAGUAACUCCAGUCUGCAGAUCACGGCCGCCUCGGUGCUCACCUCUCUGGCCCAACAACCAGGUCUGCUGCUGGACUCUGACAUCGAGCUCGCCGUGGACCACCUGACCAGGCUGCUGCUGACGGAUGAGGACGAGAGAGUCAGUGUGGCCGUGGUGGAGUGCGCCGGAGCCUUGGCCGAGCGGCACCCUGCUGCCUUCAUCACCAAACUGAUCCCAACGCUGAAGAAGGAGAUGUUUUCUGACCAAACAGAGUUGUCUGAGGUGCGUUCCCAUCAUGCAGUGCGUCAGCGCUGCCUGUCCGCGCUGGCCGCGGUGUCCGUCCAGGGCAGCAUCGUCAUGGAGAGUGCGCCCGUCCUCCUGGACGUCCUCGGCUCGGCACACGCAGAUCCUGAUCGUUUCUCCGUGGAUGAGGUGGUGCGCGCCUGUCUGAGCCUGCAGAGGAUAGCGGAGCGGGUUGAGGACGGCAAGGACACAAGUCGAUUCUUUCAUGACGUCGUCGUCCCGCGCCUGCUGUCUCUGGCGCUCCAAGCUUCACUGCAAAGCGACGGGUCAUCGGGUCGUCGUAGUCCGCUGGUAGCGGAGGAGAUUCUGUCUGCCAUGGUUCCUGUUAUCAGCACCGCCUGCUCCCGCCUGCAAACGUUUGCAGAACAGACGGCGUCCAGGGCCGUCUCUCUCUUCCUGGACGGUGACGUCUCGUUUCUGCCCGACAACUCCUUCCCACCGCGCCUUCAGCUGCUCCAGCAGCAGCAGCAGGAGCAGCAGGAGGAUUCAUCGUGGCGUCAGACCCAGUUGGUGUGUCUGCUGAUGGCCUGCGUGUGUUCGUUACCUCGCAGCGUGGCGCUGCCCCAGGAGGAGCGGCUGCUCUCGGUGCUGGAGGAGCUGAGCUGCAGCUGCAGACACCCGCUCUCCUACACGUCGGCUGCCAAAUGCUUCGCCGGCCUGGUCAACAAGAAGCCUCAGGGGCCUUCUCUUGACAGUUUAAUUCAGGGAGUGAUAAAGAGAGUGAGCAGUGAGUUGGACCGACCCUCCUCCCCUCUGCGCUCUCAGGCCUUCACGCUUCUGAUCUGGGUUGCCAAGGCUCUGCUGCUGCGGUACCACCCUUUAUUUCCAGCGCUAACCGACAAGGUCUUCUCUCUGCUGGACGACGCCCUCCUCGGCCCAGUGGCCGCUGACAGCUUCUCGCUACUGAUGAGCGACUCUGCCGACGUCCUGAACCGCGGUUGCCACGCCGACGUCCGCAUCAUGUAUCGGCAGCGGUUCUUCAGCGAGAAUUCUGCCAAGCUGGUGCAGGGCUUCAACGCUGCGCCGCAAGAGAAGAAAGCCAACUACCUGAAGGCUCUGUCCAACAUCGUCAACAAGUUGCCGAAGCAGGUCCAGGUGUCUGAGCUGCCGGCUCUCCUGACUCUGCUGCUGGAGGCCUUGACGUGUCCUGACGAGGGAGUCCAGCUGUCCACUCUGUCCUGCCUGCAGCCCGUCCUCAUAAACCCCCCGCAGGUCCUGAUCCUGCAGCUGGAGGCCCUGGUCGGCCGGCUGCUGGCCCUCGUCGGCAGUCCAGCCAUGAAAAUCCGCAUGGCCUCCAUACGAUGCGUUCUCGCUCUCUCCCAUUUCCCGGCUCACGAGGUGUUGCCAUUCCGGUCGCGCGUUCUGCGAGCGUUGGCUCCGCCCCUGGAUGACCGGAAGCGGCUGGUGAGGAGAGAGGCGGUCCAGGCCAGAGCGGAGUGGUUCCUGUUAGGAAGCCCUGGUGGAAGGUGAUCUCUGUCUGUCCAUAAAAACCUCCAGGACCAAGUAGCAGAGCGCUCUGCCUACCUUCUCCUCCUCCAUUCAGAAAAGUGUUUGCUUUAGCGGUCUGACUGCGCGCACACACACACACGCACACACACACACAGCCUGGUGAAGCAUUUUAUGGAUCCAGUCAGCCCUGACUGGAAGCCUCACCAGAAGCCAUGCGGCGUGUCACAGACGCUGCCUUCUGAAUUUUAUAAAUCAUAACUUGCGCAGACAACCAAGCCACAAAGCAUCUGUUGUUUUUGUUUUUUUUUUUUUUUUUUUCUUCUUUGGAUGAAAUGUCCUGAAGCUGAAGACAUUUUGUUCAGCGCUUCAUUGUUGAACAUAGCAGGUUGUUAAUACAAGCCUUUUUAUUGCUAUUAUUAUUAUUUUAUUAACUAAGAAGCAAUAAAGCAGUUUGAGUUUCAGUGAUCUGUAGAUUCCUCCUUUUCGGUAUUUUCUGCUGGUGUCGGCUGAAAAGCUUCAGAGAUGAACUUUAUUUAAGCCCUGUGCAGCUCCGGACGCCUCACACUGACAGCCUGCGCCGUCGCUCUGAAUGUUCAGGACGUUUGAACGGAUUCCGCAUGAUGGAGAUUGUUGUACUUCGUAAAGUUCUGUGUGGACUGGCGCAGGAAGUGUUGUUCGUUUGCCUGGUUUUCUGUGGAUAUUUAAGCGUGGUUGUUGUGUGAAGGUCGCCGUUGAGUCGGUGAGAAUGUUUGGACCUCAAAAAGCUCUGCCAAGGAAAUACGGCGCCUCGCAAAAGUAUUCACACCCCUCGGACGUUUCUCCUCAGCCAGACUUUGAUUUUUUUAUUUUUUUUUUUCUGUUGGAGCAACAAAAAAUUAUUUUGAAAUAAAAAAAUAAGUUUUCAACUUUAAAUAACAAAUAAAUAAAGGUCAGAGGCCAACUUUGUCAACAGUCAAGUUAGCUUUUACUGUACUAGCAUGUCUUACUAGAGAUUCUCAUUUACAUGGCCGGUUCUAGACGGUACUGAAGUUAAUUUACUUCUGGUCAUACGUGCUGACGUAGAGACUGUCACUAAUUGUUUCCUUUGACCAGUUGUAUUUUUGUCUCUUCACAGGUUUUAGUUUAUCAAUAAAUUAAAACUGAAGGUGUUUAAGCCACUUUGAGAAAUCUAUAGGGGUCUGAAACCUGCAAUUCAAGAGCUAAUCAAUCCCGGCAGGUUUUCAGAAUAAAAAAAAAAACUAAAUUGUAAUCAAAAUUGCUUGGGUUUGGUGCUAAUUUACAAAUGUUUGCAAUGAAUUUCAUGAUAUUUUAAGAUAUGUUUGAUAGCAAAUCAGACUUUUUGGUACUUUCCAUAUCAAUUAUGGACUGUACCAUGAGUUAGGCUGAUGCAGUGGCGCCAUAGAAGAAAUAGUGCCAUCUGCAAGUUUGAGUUAGCAAUCACUUAAACCAAAUGUUUUUGUGAAAAAUGUGCAUUAAACUCACAACUAAUGCAUUUGUGCAAUUUCUGAAUUGUUUCUAUGUUCAUUUCUACGAGUGCAGAAUCAUAAAAAAAAACUGGAUCUGCUUGACAUAUUAAACAGUGAAAUAUUUCAUGUUUUUUUGUUUUCAUGUAUUUGUUCUGGCUCUCGCCCCGGCUCUCUGGUAAAUACCAUCUAGAGCCGCCACUGCUCUUUCACGCUUCAGUGUGGACUUUGACUGGGCCAUUUUCCAUUUUUUGUGUGUGUAUAACUUGAAGUUACCAAGAACAUUGUUGGAUAGGAAAAAUGUUGACUAUGGAACCAGCUGGACGUUUUCUUGACUAGAUAAAGUAUUUCACUGUUACAGUGGCGUGGGCAUUAGCCCCGCCCAGUCAGCAUCUCGGUUAUGUCAUGUGAAGAAUUAGCCUCAAUAACAUGGAUACACUUCGAUCUGACCAGCUACGUCAAAUUUCCAAUGUUAGUCAUUUAACUUCCAUAUUAUUGUGGCUCUUCCACGUUUUGUUUUUUUGUUGUAUUUUUUUGUGGAGACAGAGUCUCGGCGAAACGAGAGGGUUCAAGUUUGUGAAUACUGCCGCGAAGCGCUGCAGACAAUGACGAAUGUCUAACUUUGUUUUAUUAAAACUCUUCUUUGUAAA